AUUGCUGUCAUUGCACACGUGACCGCCACCAAUAUGCCAAACCUCAGCCGGCACAGUGACGAGAAGUUCUUUGUGACCGCUGAAGGCAAGAAAGAACAUGUGCCCAGUAUCCACGACCCCCCAACGCUUGACCUUUCCGUAGUCGUGCCUUCGUACAACGAGGAGGAACGGUUACCUUCAAUGAUGGAUGAAGCUUUACACUAUCUAGAGAAGAGGCAGAUGCAAGAUCCUGUGUUCACAUACGAAGUCAUUGUGGUCGACGAUGGCAGCAGAGAUCAAACCACAAAG